AGCCCAAACUCAACUGAAUUUAGAAUUAUAAAAUCUUAGUAAUGGCAAAGAUUCUUCUUUAUGGAGUAUCCAUUCAAUAAGUUAUAUUCUAAAUAUAUCACAUUGUUUUAAAGUCAAUGAUUUCUAUUCCCAUGUAAUGCAUGUUUUAGUUCUUUAAGAAUAUCAUACAUUGUAUUUUGAUCAUAUCCUCUACCUUAUAUUUUCCCAGAUCCAUCCCUAAUUCCAUAUCCACCUAAUUUUGUAUACUAAACACAUACACACACACACACAUUUCCAAUUAGUGCUACCUAUGUAUUCUUGAGUGUAUGGCCAUCCAUUGGAGCAUGUAUCACCUAUCAGGGGCCACACCCAUAAGGAAAGCUAACUUUUCCUGAAAGCUAUCAGUUACCAAUAAUUCCUCCACUAGGGAUGAAAUUUCUUGACUGCCUCUCCACUCUAUGCUAGGCUUUUGUCUGGUGGAGCUUACACAGAUCUCCCUGUUCUAUGAUAAAAUUACCAUAAGCAUUGUGGUCUUUAUUCUACAGACAGGCAACCCAGGAUAUAACCACCUGUUCUAUCUGACUACAGACUUCAGUUCUGGGAACAAUUACAUGAGACUAUCUAAUGUUAAUAGAGUAACAUGUGCUCUGUGGCACAUAUUGGGCUUAGGCAUAAAAAUGUGAAUAAAGCAAAAUCUUUAGCUUUAAAUAUCUGUGAAGCAGAAGACUGAAACAUAAUCAACAACUGCACACUCACUAUAAGUCCCUUGAUGAAAGUCCACAGAGUACAAAAGAAACCCAGAGAAGCUUAUGUGAGGCAGGAUCAGAAAGAGCUUCCCCAGUAAGAGAUGCCUAAUCUCAGUCUUGGAAAAUCACUGGUGUCCACAAUUAGAUAACAAUGUACAUGUCACAAAUGAAGACACAGAGAUCAGAGAUCACAUGACUGGGAGAAAGAUUAUGAGAUUCCACAGGAAGCAAGAAUCUGAUCAUGUGGGUCCUUUAGCUAAACAAUUAGGAAUGCUUCCUCAAGAUAAUUGAGAAUCAUUUGAAGGGUUGUAUACAGUGAAGAAAUAUGACCAAACUUUUGGGUUUGACUUAUUCCUCUAAUAUUAGCCACAAAACAGGUAGAAUAAGCAGAUAAAGUUCCAAUGGAACCUAUUGGCAUACAUUAAGGUACAGACAAUCAGGAAAGCAAUGCUUUUACACUGAAAGAAGGAGGGCACAUAUAAAGGAACAUUUGAAGACAGAAAUCCAUAAGACAUGGGGAUCAAUUUUAAGUAAAAAUAGAGACUAUCCCCAGCUUUCUGAAUUAGAGUACUAUGUGGGCAUAAAUAUGUUAAGAUGAUAAAUACAACAAAGGAGUGUCUUGGAAGGGAAAGAACUGGUUCCUAUACCUCUAAACCUAGUGACUAUGACAUAUCUGAAUGGCCAGAAUGCAUUGGAUAGAGAUCUAGAGUUCAUGGGAAAGAAUUUGACUUAAUGAACUGGUAUUAUCAGCAAGAGAAAUGGCCACCAAGUAAAAGGAAUAAAUUAUAGUCAAAGACCACAAAUGGCUUUUAAUUUAUCCCAUUCUUUACUUUUAUUUUUCACUUUUUAGCAGAUUGCUCUACCACUGUCCUAUACUCACAGAGACAGAUUCUUUCCAUAUGGCCCCAUAUCAUCAGGCAUCCUCUGGAUAGUUUCAACACAAAGUAAUACUGAGUCAACCAGUUUAAUUUUGUCCAAAGCUCUAAAUAUCAGAUACAGUAAUUCCAUUACUUUAUUUUUCAGUUUCUAUCUAUUCUUUGAUAAUCUCACACAUAAAUAAAUGUACUUAGAUCAUAUUUAUUGCCUUCUCCACCAUUAAACCUUUCCAAUUCUCCCCAGACUUUCCUCAUCACACACACAACUUUAGGAUUUUGGUUUUGAAUCCAUUGACUGCUGCUCAUAUUUACAUGUGUGUGCCUCCAUCUACUGGAGCAUGAGCAAAUUGCCAUGGACUAUACUACUGAGGAAAACUAAUUCUCUUUUCUACUAUAGCCAAUAGCUCCUCAACUAAAGGUGAGACCACCUGAGACCCUUUCCUCUUCAUACUGAAGUGUCAGUUGGCUUAAUCUUGUGCUGGUCUUGUGUGAACAACCACAAUGAUUGUGAAUUUGUGGCUGCAACAGAUCCAUCACAGCCAAAAGGCAUUAUUUUUCAAUAGUAGUCCCCAAUUCUUACAAUAUUUGCACCCCUUUUCUGCAAUGUUACCUGAGCCUUUGGGAGAUGUGGUGUGAUCCUUUCAGGCACAACAUUCUAUGGUGAAUUAUUCUCUGCAUUUUCACCAGUUUUGAGUCUAGAAUAACUGUCAUUUACAUUUGCAUAAAGAAUCUUCCCUGAUGAGAUAUGAAAGUUGCACUAAUCUGUGGGUACAAGGAUAAGUUACUUAGGAGGUAGCUUGAUACCAUUCUCCUAAGUAUUAGAAGGGUCUAUGAGUCCCCAUCUACAGAUUCUUGGUCAUUUUGACAGUACCAGGCAUGAGUACCCCUCUAUGGAGCAGGAGUUAGGUUUGGUGAAAAAGGUGUUGAUUACCCUCAUAGCACUCAUGCCUAUGUUGCACUAGUUGGCAUAUCUUUCCAGUCCAGUUGUUACUGCAGCUAGUAAGAGCCUCCUAUCUGGGUAAGUCUUUUAAUGGAUUUCUCCACCACCAGACUUCAGUGUACCUUCUGGUAGCCAUCAGGGAAGUACUUCUAAGUCACUACUAGUUUGACUUUUCUACGUCAUAUGAGCAAAGUGUGUGGUGCUCUUAGUGAUAGGAUCUCAUCAUCAAGUUCUAUGGGUAACCAGCAGCAAUAGGCCAUAUUGUCCUGCAGAUCUCUGGGACCCCCUGACCAACUACUUAAAAACUAGUAUUCCACAUGUGGCACUGGGUUUUUAAUAACGUAUGGCUUCUGGAAGGAGCCUUAUACUAUAGCCUAUGUAGGUAACUCCAAUUAAGCUUUUGUUGUUGUUGUUGCUGUAUUUUAGGAAGCUUAUAAAGAAGUGGGUUUCUACGUGGUUUUGUCAAACAUCCUUAGUGUUAGUUAUCCUUUCUGUUACCUACUGUAUACUACACUAACAUUCAACUCCACACAACCUUCACACACACACACUUAACCCUUCUCCAUUUUUCUCACUUUCCCCUCCACACUGUUUUCUAGUAUUCUAUGUCCCAUCUCUUGGACUCAUUUUUUCUUCCUUAUACCUCGAUAGCCCCUUUCUAGUUUCCUGGCUUCUGCAGAUUAUCCCUAUUUUUAAUUAAAACAUGUCUUCAGAAAAAAAGCUAUAGCCUGUCCACAAAACAGCAUAAUAUAAAGUCAGAAACCUUGUAAGAUGUGGAGUUAAUAUUUUAAAACAGCUCUAACACCCUUCUUAUAAGGCCUGUUCAUCUAAUAAAAUGUCCUAGUCUCUUGACCACUUGUAAGCAUGACUAUUUCUAUGGGUAUUCUGUUGGAAGAUGACCAUAGCACUCCCAAAUAAUGCAACUAUAAGAGCUGGUGCCAGUAGUUCAUAUUAAGAUACAUAGUAUCACACAAAGUACAAGUAGGUUAUCAUCUGGCACUGAACUGUGCCUAUCAUCCAGCAACCUACACCUUCUUUCUUAGAUAACUUUGCAUUGCAUUUGAUGAGAUGUUGGCCCUAUGACAUACUUAAGCUACUGAUAAAGUAGAAGGAACUUUCUCCACCACUGAAAUCUGGAUAUAGGGAACUGCAGCAAAUGAUGCUUCAGAAUGUGAUGAUGGUGGCAGAGCUAUCAGUCAUCUGAGACCUAGAUUUUGGAUGACUGGCUACUAAAUUAAGAUAGGACAUAGUGAAAUUUUUCUAAACCCAUGAUUAUUAGAUGGCUGUUCUAUUGAAUUUGUUGAGAUGAUGACAGAGUAAGAUAAAACAAAAUAUGGAAGUAUUUUUUAAAUAUGUACUUAUGUUAUUAGAGGGGCUGAAAUGAAUAUGUGAUAUACUCUAAUUUAUUUUAAUAUCCUGUAGAAAAUACGUGAGGCUUUUGAACUGGAAGCCAUUGAAAACAAGAGCCCUAGGCUGAUGGUCACUGCCACAGUAGCUGGUGUCAUCUCUACCAUCCAAUCUGGCUAUGAGAUCCCUCAAUUAUCACAGUAAAUGAUCUACCUUAUUCUGGAACUCCUCUUCCUAGACUACAUCCAGGUCAUGACUUACAAUCUCCAUGGCUCCCAAGAUGGCUAUACUGGGGAAAACAGCCCACUCUACAAAUCCCUAAAUGACACUGGCAUCAACACCCUCCUCAAUGUGGAUUACAUCAUGACCUACUGGAAUGAAAAUGGGGCAGCACCUGAGAAGCUCAUUGUUGGAUUCCCAGCAUAUGGACAAACCUUCACCCUGAGUGACCCCUCCAACAAUGGAAUAAGUGCUCCUACUGCUAGUGCUGGUACACUAGGGCCCUACACAGAAGAGUCUGGCACCUGGGCCUAUUAUGAGAUUUGCUCCUUCCUGAAUGAUGGAGCCACUGAAGCCUGGGAUUCUGCGCAGGAAGUACCCUAUGCCUAUCAGGGAAACAAAUGGGUUGGCUAUGAUAAUGUCAAGAGUUUUCGAAUCAAGGCUGAAUGGCUUAAACAGAACAACCUGGGAGGUGCCAUGUUAUGGACCCUUGAUAUGGAUGACUUCACUGGCUCUUUCUGCAACCAGGGCCAAUUCCCUCUGACAUCUACCCUGAAGAAUGCCCUCUUAGUGUACAGCACAAGUUGCAUGGCCUCUGUUUCAGAUCUUCAGCAAGUAAAUGCUCCUCUAUACAGUGGGAAUAGGAACUGGAAGAGAGGCUCUAAAGCAAUGGAUUCUGUGUCACCUGUGCCAAGAGAAUAAUCAAAAUGCCUUCUGGCACAGCCCAAAUGGAAUCUUAUUCCAACACAACUUCCAAAUGGAUCCUCUCCUCAAAAUAAUCUGGUAUGAAGAAACUAGGCAUGAACUUGUCCCUAUAAGUUUUUCCAGGGCCCAGAAGAGUCUCCUUUGCUCCUUGCGAAGCUCGUCUUGAAUUACCUAAAAUACUAAAAAUAAAAUCAACAGUCAAAACAUGAA